CAGUCAGAGUGAAGAAGUGACCGGACAAGUUGAAGGAAUACAGUCGAUGAGCUCUUAGGAGCCAAUACUUUUUUUCUGAUUGUUGGGGAUCCCGCCAUUCAACAGCCAGGAUGGCUCGGGAUAUGUCAGAUAAGGAAAUCCUGAAAAUGGAGUUGGAACAGUUGAAGAAGGAAGUUAGCACAGCCAGGACACCAGUGGGUGCAAACUGCGCAGAAACAAUUACUUUCGUGGAGGGACUGCUACCAAAUGAUCCGCUGAUUAAGGGCGUCCCGGAUGACAAGAACCCCUACAAGGGAGACAAGGGCGGCUGUAUAGUAACAUAGCACAGAGGAAUCCAGGGGAAAAGUCACGCUGUUUUGUACGAGAGACGGUUACACUGCUGUAAUGUUCCUGUAGACGUGUUGUGGAGAAAAAUGUGCCGUAGUAGGAGAAAUAUAAGAUUGUAACAGUGUUUUCACCUGGAGAGAGAGACCUGGAUUACUGUACGUACCUGUUGAUAUGAAAAUGUUUCUUUAUCAAUUUGUAAUUAAAUCCAAAUAGCUGUGUAAAGCUUUGACC